CGCGCUUUCCAUCCGUCGCGAAUCAAGAUAGACCACAUCGGCGCGUAUAGGAGACACCAUAUAUUCCAGCAGUGUGAAUCAACGCCACUUUCCACAGCCACCGAGGAUGUGGGAGAUGGGCCUCAAGGAAACGACAACGACACCGAUCCAUAUUCGUUGUCACAUCUCGAUCCACCCACCGGUAGUGUUUACAUGAUAGGUGGAGUGCUGAUCGCUAUGGUUCUGGUGGGCGUUUUGAUCGUCCUGCUCGCCGUAACGAUCAGCAAGCUGCGGAAGCGCGAGGACCAUCAUUCGAGCGCGAGUGCGGUGCAUCCUGAGGUGGCAACGGUGGUGCAGACGGCAACGUCACCCGCGACGAUGGCCCCGGCGACGCAUCCAGACGGUUGCUGCACGCAAAUGUCCACGACCACCAUGUCGACCGACCUCGGCAACAGCGUUUGCGACGAGCAUAUAUUCGCCGCGACGACGACGGUGACGCCGUCCUCCAAUCCAGUCGAUUCGUUUGCGUGGCAAUUCCCGCCCCCGUACCCGCCCCCCCACAUGCCGCCGGCGCAGUACGCGUUGUACAACGAUCAGGAUACCCUUGUACACGCAUUACCAUCAGAUCGGCCUGGAUUUGCAAAGGGCUUCCGCAAAAACCUCGGUGGACGCUGGCGUCGACUGGUGAAGCGGAAAGCAGAAACAGAUACCUGUGCCAUUCCCCCCGAACUGAAAGAUCAGCUGAAGACUAUUUACGUCUAUUGAUAGGCCAAAAGUCCGUCCUGAGAGCCUGAAAAUUCAAAAGAAGAGUCUCUAAAAUUUUAUUAAUAAAAGAUGGAUAAAAAAUACGAAGAGGACAGUAGUAAAAAGUAAAAAGAGGCUCUAGUCAAAAAAGUUAAAAAGAGAAGAGAAAAACAUAGUUAUCGCUACAUAAGUUGCUAGAAUAUAAAGAUGAAUGACAGCUAAUAAAGACAAGCAAUGGAGGAUGGAAAAGAAAUUUGAUGGGAAGAAUAUGAAGAGACUGUGAAAGAAAGUUUGGGGAAGGAUGCAGGUAUACGGGGAGCCAAUAGUCUGGCAAUAGUCGACAUAUCAGAAAGUGCCUGAAGAGGACGCAAUCAAGUGCCUUCUUUUAUUCCAUAAGCGCCUUUUCAUGAGACUGAUACCGCGAAGAAACCGCGAUAUAUGGGUGCGACAAAGCGAGUUACCUCGUAGCUUCUGCGUAUAUAUACAUAUUAUGCGCAAUUAAUCGAUAGCUGACAGAUCGCCGUACUUCGGGUAGUUAACUAGUAUUAGCGCGUCGGCUGAACUUACGGAAGGUACGAGUGGCGUGCGAUCGAUGAUUCGGCAAGCUUUCAGGAUUUCUCAAAAGUUCGCUUUUAGUCAACUCGGGUUGAACUCGGGAUUUACAGCCUCGACGGAGUUGAAAGUCGCGAUUCUGAUUCUGGGAAAUUCACAACUUUAAGUAUUAUUUAUUAAGAAAGAAAAACAGCGUAUACGCAUUUUCCUAUUAAAGUGCAAACUAGUCGUAUAGCGGAAGAAAAUGGGAAAACUCGCAGCUGCUGUGUGUGUCAUCGUACUACUCUCCAGCAGCGAGAUAGUACAACAAAACUGGCGACAAUCUGUACCUUGUCAAACUAUAAAUAUAUAAAAUGUCGUUUGAAGCUAAAGUAGAUCGGAUGACAUGAUUUGAAAAAGUCCUGUUUGAAUGUAUAACUUUGUAUUUAAAGUAAUUCUUAUGGAACUAUAAUGUAAACUUCCACUUUAGCUUUAUACACGUUUCGUAUGUGACGUUUUUCUUUUCGGACAGUUGACUCUCGGUUUGCUUUGUACGAAUAAAAUCGAUCGCCUGUUAUCUCGCUCCCGUAAUUGGUUUUCGAGGCCGUCGGCAUCGACUUGUGUAAAUAAGAUGUAGUGAUCUCUUUUGGACAAAAGUCCGCGGGAUGUAUGAUUUAAUCAAUGAAUGGACUUCGGUGUUCCUAAAAAUCCUCAGGUCUGAAGGAGGUUCCAGAAUUUUGAGAAUCUGAAAGGGCCUCCCGUCGUCAAAACGAAAUGCGGCGCCUCGAAACAAUAAAAUAGACCAAUUUAAAAUUAUCGAACUAUUACGACGGCUCAUAUUGAGUCAGCUUUAUUGUAGCACUGACGUGAUAUUUCACUUAACCCUUUGACUGCUAUUUAAUGUAUAUUCAACAAAUAAAAUAUUGUAAAGUA